ACAACAACCUGGAGCCAGUAACAUGCAUACUUUGGCCCAGUCUGCCCAACCACAGAUUCUAACAGGAGCAACAACAAUGCUGUCCGUAGGCGCUGCUGUGAGCAGCGUCAACAGCGGGUCUGUAGGCGGACCGUUCCGCAGCGCCGUACGGGCACCAACUCCUGGGCCAGUCAUCAACUACCUCAAGGCUGGUGUGCAGUACACCUCGAAACAGGCACCGCCACCACCGAGGCUUAAGCUGAGCCACCAGCAGCCCAUCCCGCCGCUGGCGGCGCACGGGCAGCACGGCCAGCACGCGCAGCACGCGCACCCGCACCCCGCGCCGCACCCGCCGCACCCGCUGCCGCACGGCCGGUCGUCGCCCGCGCCCGCGCCGCUGCCGCCCUCCGCGCAGCAGGCGCCGCCGGCCGCGCAGUUCCAGCGGCUCAAGGUGGAGGAUGCACUGUCUUAUCUUGACCAAGUCAAGUACAAAUUCAACACCCAACCUCAAGUCUACAACGAUUUCUUGGACAUCAUGAAGGAGUUCAAAAGUCAAACAAUCGACACACCCGGUGUAAUCACUCGCGUGUCAAAUCUUUUCAAAGGCCACCCUGAACUUAUAGUUGGCUUCAAUACCUUUUUGCCUCCGGGGUAUAAGAUUGAAGUUCAAAGCAACGGACAGGUGUCGGUAUCGAUGCCGUCCCCCACGGGACUGGGCGGCGUCGGCGUUGGCGUCGGUGUAGGCGUGGGCAGCAGCGUGCUGCUGGGCGUGCACCACGUGCCGCCGCAGCCGCAGCUCGUGCACCUGCUGCCCAACGUCGCACCGUCUGUCAGUAGCGCCAUUGUGCAUAAUCUGUCAGUGAGCGCUCCACCGGCUAACACCUUGCAUCACAUCUCGCAAGCUCAUCAGCAAAUUGAAGCCGCUGCCAUCCACCAUCAACAGCAGCCAGGCGCAGCGCAGCCGUCGACGGGCAGCGGCGCGCACGGCCCGGCCGCGCCGCCCGGCCAGCCCGUGGAGUUCAACCACGCCAUCGAAUACGUCAACAAAAUCAAGUCUCGCUUUAGUCGUCAACCUGACAAGUACAAGCGCUUCCUGGAGAUACUACACGCGUACCAGCGCGGCCAUCGCGACGUCAAAGAGCCUCAGGCCAAGCAACAGACCGAGCAGGAAGUUUACUCACAGGUGGCAAAACUGUUCGAGAAUCAAGAGGAUCUCCUGGCGGAGUUCGGGCAGUUUCUUCCGGACGCUAAAGCGGUAACCAAACCGGCGCACUAUCCGCCGCACCCGAGGACGCCGCCUCUGUUGCCGCCGCCACAGCGGUCAGAGGAGGCGGAGGCUGGGUCUCCCCCGCGUGCGCCGCUGCCGCACCACCCCUUACCAAUGCAUCAUCCACACACUCAAGCGCCGAAACACACGAGCGCGGUUUCAAGCGCCCCGCCGCAGCCGCAGCACCUUCACCUCAAGAGGUCGCCCAGCUUCUCCUCCGCGCCGCCCUUAAGCUCGGGCGCGCCGCCGGCGAAGAAGGCGCGCGCGGCGCUGGGCGCGGGCGCGGGCGGCGGGGGCGGCCUGAGCGGGCUGGGCCUGCGCGACGUGUCCUUCGCCGAGGCCGCCAAGCUGGCCACCGUGCAGGACUACAACUUCUUCGACCGCGCGCGCAAGGCGCUGCGCUCGCAGCACGUCUACGACAACUUCCUCAGAUGCUUGUUGCUGUUCACGAACGAGAUAAUAUCAUCAUCUGAGCUGCUGCAAAUGACAGCGCCGUUUCUGUGCCGGUCGCCGGAGUUGCAGAAGUGGCUCCACGACUUCCUUGGCCCUGUGUCUCCACCUCACACGCCCACCAACACGCAUCAAGGCUACACGAACUCGGGCUUCUGCGGGCUGGGCAGCCUGUCUGGUCUGUCGGGCCUGUCGGGGCUGUCGGGGCUGGCGCUGGAGCGGCGCGAGGAACGCGCGGUCGACAAGGUGCGCUACGAGCCCGUAGGCGCCUACGGCGCGCAGCUACGCCACGACCGUCCGCAGGGCGACGCCGCCAUGGAUGUCGAUCUAUCCACAUGCAAGAGAUUGGGCACGUCGUACUGUGCUCUACCUCGCGAGGCUGCCUUGAGAAAAUGCUCUGGACGUACUGCACUUUGCAAGGAGGUAUUGAACGACACGUGGGUAUCUUUCCCGACAUGGAGCGAGGAUUCCACGUUCGUUACGUGUCGGAAAACGCAGUACGAGGAAUAUAUUUAUCGUUGCGAAGACGAAAGAUUUGAGCUGGACGUGGUGAUCGAGACGAACGCGGCCACCAUCCGCGUGCUGGAGGGCGUGCAGAAGAAGCUGUCCCGCAUGAGCGCCGAGGAGGCGGCCAAGUACCGCCUGGACGAGUGCCUGGGCGGCCACUCGCCCACCAUCCACCAGCGCGCGCUGCGCCGCAUCUACGGAGAGAAGGUGGCGGUUGACAUAAUCGCUGGUCUCAAGAAAAAUCCGGUGGUGGCUGUGCCGGUUGUUCUACGCAGGUUGAAGGCAAAAGAAGAAGAGUGGAGAGAGGCGCAAAAGGGCUUUAACAAACAAUGGCGCGAGCAGAACGAGAAGUAUUACCUCAAAUCGUUAGACCACCAAGGCAUUAACUUCAAACAGAACGAUCUGAAAGCGAUGAGGUCCAAAUCGCUGUUCAACGAAGUGGAGAGCGCGUACGCAGCGCGACGGCCGGGGCCACACCUCGUUGUGGACUAUAACAUGAAAAGCGAGGAAGAAGCAAUAAAGAUAAUUCGCGACGCAGCGGAAUUGUUAAUACAUCACGCACGACGGCAGACGGCAAUACAAAAAGCCGAGAAACGUCGCAUCAAGCAGUUGCUAAGGCAAUUCCUGCCCGACCUCUUCGCCUACCCAAGACAACCCCUUUCUGAUGAUGAGAGGGACGAAGAAGAAAAAGAAGAGGCGACCAGCCCUGGCAGCCCGGCGUUGGAGCCGGUGGAGAAAGACGAGAAAGCCAACAAAGACGUUAAGCAAGAGAAACAAGAGUCGUCGGAGUCGGAUAACGCUUCGGACAAGAGCGGGAAGAACAACAAGAACGACAAAGAGAACAAGCCCAAGAACAACAACAUGGACAGCAAAGACAGUAAAGAUUCGUCAAUUGCGGUCAACAAUGUAAAACGCAGCAGCAACGAAGAACCAGUCAAGAACGACGUUAAGGUGGAACAGGACGUGGAGGAUGACUAUAGAGACCACCCGUCGAAUGAGGCGCGGUUCGUGUGCACGACGUCGUGGUACCUGUUCCUGCGCCUGCACGGGACCAUCUGCCAGCGCCUGGGCGCGGCGCGGCGGACGGCGCUGCAGCUGGCGCGCCGCGACGCCGAGGAGCAGGGCGCGCGCCACCCCAGCGUGGCCACGGCGCUGCGCCUCAAGCCCAACAACCUACCAUCAGAAGUUUCCUCCCCAGCUGAAUACUACAAGGCACUAUUGGAAUUGGUGAAAGGCGUUCUCGACGGCAAUACUGAGCCCUCCGCGUACGAAGACGCUGCGAGAGAAAUGCUUGGCAUCAAAGCGUAUCCGGCGUACACGUUGGAUAAACUCGUGUCCAUCGCUGUUAGACAGCUGCAGCAUUGCGUGUCGGAAUCGUGGUCGGUGCGCGCGGCGGAGAUGGCGGCUCGCGGCGGCAUGCGGGGCCCACUCAGCUACGUGCGUCGUGCCGCCAAGUUCCUCCGCCAGGACCACACCGCCUUCCUCGUCAAAGUGACCAUGUACCGGCCCGGCUGCCUGUCGGCGGCGCGGGCGUCGCUGCCGCGCCUGCAGGCCGCGCGGCGCGCGCGCUUCCGCGCCUGGCUGAGCCGCGCAGCGCCGCCGCCGCAGCCCACCUAA